AGCUGUCCGGUUCAUCUUCGUACUCUGCCCUGUUUGCUAAGCCCCACUCGCUUUCCGCCUCCCAGAAAGCGAUCAGCGGUGCGCUGGACACACAGAUACACACGGACCCGCAGAUACGCACACACUCGCCCCUGACGUACGCGUUUGCGGCCCUCUAGAAUUCUUGCGCUUUGCACAUAGACCCCUCCAUCUCCCUCCGACAACAGUAACGAAGUAAAACAUCUCCAUCCAAAGAAAAGGUCAAAGCCCGGAAGUCGGGCGACACAUACGGUGUGGCUAGCUGUGUUUUACUGCUGCGUACCAACUCCGUUGCUUCUUUACUUCUUUCUCUGGUUUGUUGACGCUGUUAUUAAGAGGCCGCAGCUGCCUUCACGCACCUUCCCACAACGUCCAGUAAAGGGUUUCUUCUUCGCCACUGCGGUCGUGUCUUCCGCCCGUGCGUUGGCGCUGUAAGGCGUAAUCGUGUGAAGCACUUCGAUAUGGACGUCGCACACAGCCGCUCGUUGGGCUUUGCGGGGAAGGAAAUCCUCUUCCGCAAGGUUGAGUUUGAGCAGUACCGCAAGCCGCACGUCGUCGAGUACCCGCGCAGCGCCAUCGUCCUCAACCCGCAGCACACCCGCCAACUCAAGGACUCCCUCCACCACCACCACAACCGUGACGCUGACAAUGGAGGGGACGACGUCGACGGUGUUGGUAGCCAACACGCCGCAUUAAGCAGCACCGGUGACAGCGACGAUGACGAUGACGACGACCCGCGCCGCAUCGACAAGACCACGCAGCUCUGCUCCGACGCUCAGCUCCGCAGCAGCCUGCACCUCCGCUGGCAGCACAUCACUCCGGUCGGACUGGGCCUCGUGAAUUUGGGCAACACGUGCUUCGCGAACAGCGUGCUGCAAGCACUGGCCCACACUCCCGCCUUGGCGCAGUACUUAAUGACCACCUUUCGCUCCGCGGAUAAUCAACUGGGGGCUCCGUUUGACUUUUGCUUCGCCCUGGCCGAGACGCUCCGCAGGAUGCACCACGCCGCGCAGCCUGGGCGUGGGGCGGGGAACAGCAUCGCCGGCGCCUACCGCCCUGGUCAAAUCAUGGGCAACCUCCGCCUUCUCUCGAAACACUUUUCGAUUGGCCGGCAAAGCGACGCCCACGAGUUCGCCGUGCAGCUCCUUUUUUCGUGCCAGAAGUCGCUGCUGCACCGCCUGAACGGCUCCAAGAAGGUGCAGCCGCGCGUGGCGCACACCACAGCCCUCUACCGCAUCUGUGGGGGCUAUCUCCUCUCCCAGGUUACGUGGUCGCGGCAGGAGGAAAUUCAGCAGCUGUUGCGGGCCGGGAAGCAGCAGGAGGCGAUGGACCUGAAGCUGGAGGCGAGGCAAGCGAGGCAGCAGGAACACUCGACGCACCGUGCAUCUCGGCAUGGGUUGGACACCCAAACCUUGUACUCCAACACCUACGACCCCUUCACGAUCCUCUCCGUGGAGCUGGCCGGCCACACGCUGAUGCAUUGCCUUGACAAGUUUUGCAUGGCAGAGGAACUGGACGGCCGCUGCUACCACUCCCCGCGCGAGGUCGGCGUGCGGGCGAGGAAGAAGUUUAGCAUUCACGUCCCACCACCUGUGCUGAUGAUCCAUUUAAAGCGCUUCGGGCCCACAGGCAGUAAAAUCAAUAAGCACGUGCAGUUUCCCCUGGAACUCGACAUCACACGUUACUGCACACCGCUGCCGUCGUCCUCGUCCACCCUCUCCUCCCCUCCAUCCCCGCAAGAGGUCAGAGAGGAUUGCCAGUACGAGCUCAACGCGAUCUGCGUGCACGAGGGCAGCUCCAUCAACUACGGCCACUACUACGCUAUGGCAAGGGCGUCGAAUGGGAUGUGGUACAAGUUUGACGACAGCCACGUCAGCCGCCUCUCCGAAGAGCAGCUGCAACGCGCACAGGCGUACCUGCUGUGCUACUCUCGUGUCCCCUCUACGGGGAAAACGAAGCCUGCUGCACCGGCGCGUUCGCCGGCACCCGUGAAAGUGCGCUUGCCAGGUGCGAUGCAGCCGGUCAACGGGCGCGCAUCGGCAUUUAUGACCGACGCGUUGCCCGCUGAGCCUGCGGAGGGCGACGCCGGGGUAGGAAGAGAAUUGAGCGGGGCGGAGCUUCAGGCGCUGCUCGAGGAGCGCCGUCGUGACGCGCAAAGCACGACCACGCAGACACCACCACCACCACCACCAACGGCGGCAGCAGCAGCGGCACCGAAACAGAAUCAAACCGCCAGGGACGCCUCGGAAAGUGAAUCGGAAGGGGAGGGCGGCGGAGCGGAGCCGCCGAUGCCGGUAGGUUGUGCGCAGAAUCAGAAGCGUUUGCGCGAGGAGCUGCCCACCGACUCCGACAGCGACGACAAUGAAGAGGCAAACGAGCAACGCGACGGCGCGUACAUGCGGCGUCUGCGUCCGCCACCCGAGCAGCGCCACAGUGGCCAAGACAACCAACACCACAAGAAGAGUCAUAUGGACGAGGGCGAAGAACAACAGGAGCGUGAUGGGCCGGAACAGGAGGAGGAGGAGGCGGAGCAAGACGCCUCUUCUUUAGCAGGCCCACGCAGCGUCAAGUCCUUCAUGUACGGCGGCCUCAUCAAGUCAAUGAAGCGCAUGCCCCACGGUAGCGACACGGCUGCAGACAGCCCCGAUGCUCACAGCAACGGCCACAGCAGCCGCACGACGGCACCUCCCAACUUCCGGGUGGGCCGCCACGCGGUGAGUGCGCUGCACGCCCGCAAGGUGCGCAGCACCCCCGACACGGUGAAGAGGCCUGCGACGGCACCGAAGUUUCAGCAACGCAUCCGCGACCCGAUGUGGGAGAUGGAGAUGGACCGCGGCAAGGUGAAGAAGGUCAAGUCGAAGGAAAAGGCCCCCGAUCCGUUUGAGGGCACCAACCCAUUUCAGGAAGUCUCGCGUGGUAUGUUUGACAUCCGCGGCAGACGUCGUCGCGAUUAG